UUGAAAUUUUCAAGUUCAACAUUAAUAAUGAUAUUGAUAAUUAUCUCUGAUUCAUUUUGACAAACUAGAAGUUCAUGUACAUUCGAAGACAAGAAUAUCAUAUCGAUUUUUUUAAAAGAAAGAGGGCACUUUUACUUAUUAACAAAGAAUGUUCCCUUUUUAAUAAUAACAUAAAAAAUGUUUCUACAGUUUCUAACAAAAUAAAGUUGUUAUUCUAUUCAAGAAGUAAUGAAAGCAGCUGAAUUAGUUAUAUAAUCAUGGGGAUCUCAGGAUACAUUCAGAAAAGAGUAAUUGCACGAACAAAUAAUGUUGUUUCGAAUGAGGAGGAUUAAAUAGUUAUUGUAGGAAUGUUUCAACACUAUGGAUCACCGUCGAACAAUCAGUUGAGUGGAACUCGUCGCUAUACAUCAACUUCAUUGACCAUGAGGAAGCAUUCAACAGUGUGAGUAGAAAAACAUUAUGAAAACUUCUUCGACACUAUGAUGUAUCUGAGAAAAUCGUCAAAAUCAUCCGGAAUGCAUGCAACUGAUCGCAGUACAAAGUGGUGAAUGGAGGACAGCUUGCAGAGGCAUUCCAAGUGAAGACCAGUGUCAGAUAAAGCUGCAUACCCUCUGUCCCUUUUUCUUUCUUCAGGUGGUUGAGUGGAUUAUGAAGACCUCGACAUCUGACGGGGAUAACAGAAUAAACUGGACAGGUUGGAUGCAAGUAGACGAUUGGGACUUCACAGUUGACCUAACUCUUCUAUCCCAUGCACACCAACAAAUGCAGGUCAAGGAAACUAGUGUAGCAGCAGUCUCUCCAUCAGUAGGCCUCAACAUACACAAGGAAAAAGCCAAGAUACUCAAAUUCAAAACAGAGGGCACCAACCUAAUCACACUUGAUGGAGAAGCUCUGGAAGAGGUGGAAACUUUCACAUAUAUGGACAGCAUUAUCAGUGAACAAUGGGUAUCUGAUGUAGAUGUAAACGUGAGGAUUGGUAAAGCAAGGGCUUCGGUUCUACAAUUGAAGAACAUAUGGAACUCAAAAUAAUUGUCAAACAACAUCAAAGUCAGAAUCUUUAAUACGAACGUCAAUAUAGUUAGUUUCACUGUAUGUAGCUGAAACUUGGAGAACUACUACGAACAUCAAAAAUGUACAAGUAUUUAUAAGCAAUUGUCUGUGCAAGAUGCUGAAUGUCCGUUAGCCAGAUACCAUCAGUAACAGCCUACUGUGGGAGAGAACAGGUGAAUAUAACAUACAAUGCGGAAAUCACCAAACUGCAUCACGAGGCAAGUCGUAACUCGGAAUCCUGAAGGGAAGAGGGAAAAUGGCAUACCAAGGAACACAUUGCUUCGGGAAUCCGAGGUAGAUAUGAAAAGGAUGAAUAACAACUGGAUACAACUGAAAGGGAUUGCGCAGGAUAGGGUUGAAUUGAGUAUAUUGGUGAGCGGCCUUUACUCCUCCAUGAGGGGUAAGAGGCGUAAAUAAGUAAAGUAUGAAUAUUUGUGAUGAUAUAAUGACUUUUGAAGAUUUUUCCUGAAAAAAAAAUAAUUCUUUUGGUUAAGGACAUUAUGACCAUUUUAGUCAUGGCUAAAGCUGAUGGCUUUUGUCUAACGUAAUGGCGGACAAAUAACCCAGUGUUUUGUCUCAUUCCGACGUUAUUCAAGUUCAUUCGUAAAAAUUAGAUUACUGCUAUGUAAAACGUAACAUUUUACACUUGAUAACAAAAAUUGAUAUACUUUAACAAAAAACAAUUAAACUUUCCUAAUCAAAUGAGCUAAAAAGUUUCGGUAUCUAUUUUUCAUAAAGUUUAUUGGUAAAAGUGUUGAUUGAUAAGCUAAUAAAUCUCUGUCCAUUGAUGCUAGCAGGCAUAGCAUGGAUUGGAAGAAAGUUAGGAAUGAAAAAAUCAAAAUAUGUCAUCAGUUCAUGAAAACACUGACUUUUGUGGUGAGCUAUGUAAGUAGAAGGCACCCGACCUGUGUCUGCUCAAUUAUUUUGGCUAUUAGUUAGAGACGAUGAUUGAGAACUGAUUCAGUAGGGUAGAUGUAUUCACUAUUUAUUUUCUUUUAGAUCAUAAUUUUAAAAAAUUAUUUUUACCUUUUAUACUGAGAAUUCGUGGACUCCUUGGUAAUCAUAUUCUCUAUUCAUAAUGCUUAUACUCACUAUCAUUGAUGCUAAUUCUAAUCCUGCUACUUCAGUAUUCAUUUAACUAAUUUCAUUUCAUUGUCAUGUGGCAGCUUGAAUAGAUGACCAUAUGUGCUAGACUUCAUAUUGCUUAUGACUAAUGUAUUUCAAAACAUUUCUCAAAAAAAAUUGGCCUAGAACCUUAUUGCAUUUUUGAAAUAAUUUAACAUAAAUUUUAAUGAUCAGCUAAACAGAAAAACAAGAUAUUUUGUGCAUGCAGACACAUGAUAUGCUAGACAUGUUAACCAAAUCAAUGUACUUACACAAUAAUGUGGGAAAAAGGAAAUGACCUUUAAUAGUUAACAGAUCGAUCGUGUUAACUGCAAUUGUGUACUUUUGUUGCUUGAUGCCAAAGUAACAAUCCUAAUGAAUGAUAAAAUGUCAGAUUGUUUGAGAUGCCAAGUCAUUAUGUUCUAUUAACUGUUAUCUAUCAAACGAUGUUCGGUAGUAUAAUUAUAAUAUGUUUUGUAAUCAAAUCUAAACUUAGUAUGGAGUUAGCUACAAACAUUAAUGUUCUCUGUACUACACAACACAUCCACAGUAGGUAUAAAGCUUUCUGGUAAUGACUUUUAGUAAUUAUAUUAGGUAACAACGAAUAUCAUUUAUUAUAUCUCUUUAACAAAAUAUAUUCGUGUGGUAAAGUUGUUAAAAGCAAAAGGUUUCUGGAUUUUUCCAAUAUUAUGUAGUAUGAACCUUGAAAAUAAAUCGACUCAUUCUUAACCAAUUUUUGUUAGUUUAGCCAAGAUAUGUUUAAGAAUUUUUUUGUGAUAUGAAACAAAAUUCACUGUCGAUAUAAACAAUGUUCUCUUGACAACAAACAUAUCUUGGUGCUCACAUAUGAAUUACUCAUAAAUAUUUGGAUUAACAUAUGAUAUUUAUUGACUAAAAAAAUUGAUACUUCAGAGUCGAAGUUUUCGUCACGCUUAUCCAUUAACACUAUUUCUACUAAUUCAUUUCGACCUUGUAUAACUGAACUGGAUUAUUGGAACAUUAAAACCUCUAUCACUAUGUAAUUUGUCACUGGAAGAAAAUCUUGAUAUUCAUUAUAGUAAUAAUAUAACGGUAUAAGUAUAUAGUAAAGUUGUUAAGUAAUCUUCAGUUGAUAUUAUUUUAUUAUACACCAGCUAAUAUGAUCGCCAAACGUCUACACUGACUUUUAUAAGUGAUUGUUCUGUAGUAGAAUUUUGGUGAAUAUGAUUUAGAAUAAGUUAUACCAGUGAAAUGUAUUGAAUAUUUUGAUAUUGGAGAGAAAUGUUACUAAGUCGUGAAUUUUCUAAGACUUUAAUAGAAAUCUUUAUAAUAACCCCAAAAUGUUAUCUUAUUGAAACGAAAUCAAAAGUAAUACAAAACAUUUUACCUAUGUGUAUAUUCGUUUACUCUAGCUCAUUCUUAGUAAUACCAAUGUAAUGAUUAUAUUAGGCCAAAUUACAUUUUAUUAUCAAGAAGUUGAAAUCCUGUAGUAGAAUAAUGGAAAGAUAUUUA